AUGUAUCACUGUGAUGAAGUAAGAGUAUUUGAGGAAGCAUGGAAAGCAUUAUUAUCAAAUUUUAAUAUAGCAGAUAAUCCAUGGUUGAUGUCUAUUUACGAGUUAAAAGAAAAGUGGGCAGCAUGUUAUAUGAAAGACUCAAAGACUCUUGGUAUUAGGAGCACACAACUCAAUGAAAGUAUCAAUUCAUUCAUUAAAAAUUGCACAAAUCCUAAAUGGGAUAUCAAUCAAUUCCUUGAAGCUUUUGAACAGGCUGUUGUGGAUAAACGAUAUAAUGAAUUGAAGAGUGAUUUUAACUCACGUCAAAAAUUGCCGAGGUUGAUUUUGAAGAGUUCAACUAUGCUUCAACAACUUUCUCAAGUUCACACUCCUCCACUUUUUGACUUGUUCCAGCAAGAGUAUGAUCUGCGUGAUGCUACCUGUAUAAAAGAGAGACAAGAAAGAAAGAUAAAAGAAGAUGAUGAUGCUACUAUUGUAUUCGAUUAUGUCAUCACAAGGAUUGAUAAGAAGGGAGAGUGGACAUUGACAUUUGAACCACCAAGAGAAGAGAAGGAGGCUACCAUUACUUGUAGUUGUAAAAAGUUUGAACAAUGGGGAAUAUUAUGUUGUCAUGCACUGAGGAUAUUAUACGACCACGAUAUCAAGCUACUUCCACAUACGUAUAUUUCAAAGAGGUGGACAAGAGAAGCAAGAUGUGGUGUGGUGUAUGAUAACAAGGGAAAGGAAAUUGAGGUUGAUCCUAAAUUAGAAUGCUCAAAUCCAUAUAAGCAAUUGUGUCCAAUGCUGAUAAAAUUAGCAAGUGAUGCAUCUGAGUGUCCAGAAACUUUCUUUAUGGUUCAUCAAGCAGUGCUAGAACUUAGUAAUAAAGUGUCUGCACUUCUUAUUAAACACUCAUCAAAUGGUGUUACCAAUGAAGGUGAUAUUGAUAAUGAUGAUGGUAAAAAUGAUGGUCAACGCAUUGGAUUCAAAAAGAGAGAAUGCAAAAAGAUUGAUAAAAGUUGGGAGACUCAAAAUACAUUGGAAAUAGCUAGCUCAUCAACUCUAGUACAACAUGACAAACCUACAUCAUUGUCAGUGCAACAUGGUCUUGUUAUGUCAUGUACAGCAGUGCCCGUACAAUAUAACCCCCCUAUAUCAAAUAUACCAGUUCAAAUGCAACAUGGUUCAGGUACGUCAUGUGCACUAUUGCCAAUGCAAUAUGGCCCUCCUGUUUCAAAUACACCAAUUCCAGUGCAAUAUGGCAUCUCUGUGUCAAACAGUCUACCACCAAUGCAAUAUGGUCCCUCGAUGUCGAAUACACCAAUGCCAAUGCAACAUGGUCCAUUGAUCUCAAAUACACAUGAACUAGGUCAAAUGCCCUUGACAACAUUAAUGAUGAGUCCAGUGGAUUAUAAUGUAAAGUCACUUGAAGCAUUAGAAUUUAGUCAAGCAUUUAACAAAGGUUCACAAAUGAACUUAAAUCCUCCAAGAUGA